GACACUCGCACGUGGAUCUCCGUCUGUGCCGGAUCUGCGCGUAGAAACACGUUCCUGUAUUUUCUUCGCAAUUUACGUCGCACGUCCCGUUUCGUUUUGUGACGCGAGUGUUGAGAUAUCUUUUUUAAAAUUUUCUCAACGAGCAGUCAGUUUCGAUUUUUGUCCCGCCAGAGAUUCUAGAUUGUUCCUACGAUUACGUAAUAUUAUUGAGAAUUUAUCGUGACAAUUGUUUUUGUGCUCUGGAAGGACAAUCUUAUUGGUAAAUUUAUAACGGUGUUGUUUUAUAAGAUCGUAUAUAUUUCUACACGCCAAAUACGUUUCUUGUGUCUUGGAUUAUUUGCAUCUUCGGGAAUAUAGCUUUUAGCGACGUUCCUACGAAACAGAAAGCAUUCCACUUCUAAAUGCUCCAGAGUCUGUGAUAUAUAAAGUAACACUUAAGCGUAACGAAAAAAAAAAGGCGGAAGCGACAGACGCGUAGCGGCAAUUUUUUUAUUACGUCGUGUCACUCAAAUCAUCCAAAAUUUGGAAUAUGCUGAUGCCAGGAGCGGCAGGUUUGGGCGCUGUCGGUACGGUGGGGACCGUCGGGGCGCCAGGACCGGACGAGCUGGUCUCGGGUCUGGGCGCCUUGGCGGGUGCCACUCCGCAGCAGAAGGACACCACCUGGACAAAACUGUUCGUCGGUGGACUGCCUUAUCACACGACUGAUAAGAGUCUCAGGGAACACUUCAAUGUCUACGGGGACAUCGAGGAGGCGGUUGUCAUCACCGACAGACAGACCGGAAAGAGCAGGGGUUAUGGAUUCGUGAUCAUGGGAGACAGACCGGCCGCCGAGAGGGCAUGCAAAGACCCGAAUCCCAUCAUCGACGGCCGUAAGGCUAACGUUAACCUGGCGAUUCUUGGCGCAAAACCCAGGGGCAAUCUGCAAGCGACUUUCCCCUUCGCUGCUGGUAUUCGCGCCGGAUAUCCCACCGUUCUACCUGGCCAGUAUGGAGGCACGCACAACGCGCACCUUCCGCAGGAAGAUCCUUGUUACCGGAUGUUAUCCAGAGUGCCACCAGGCUACGUGUACCAGUCGCCGUACUUAGCCGCCGCGGCGCCUGGAAGUCUCAUGCCGUUACCGGCGACGCAAUUGAGCCACGCGGCGGCCGUUGCUGCGGCCUCGCAAUUUUACGAGUACCAGAACGCCGCGGCGGCCGCCGCCACGUAUCCGGGAACGUCGUACAACUUCGCCGAAGCCUAUCCUUACAGCAGCGCAGCGGCGGCCGCGAACGCAGCGGCAGCCAGUUACGUGACGCCUUACACGUACGCGACGCUACCCGGAGCUGCUGGGGGUUUGCAGGCGGCGACGGCGGCCGGUGCCUUUCCCGGUCUACCUUAUCAGACGACGCCGCAAGAAGCUAGGCUCCAGUAGCGGGGCUUUUAAAUGCGACGAAAGCUCAAGGACGGCCGAAGAGGAGGAAGACGAGCGACCGGCAGCGCCGCUCACGCGACGCCCAAGUGACGCGGAGUCAAUCGUCGUCGUUCGACCUAUUUAUAGUCUGAUAUAAUUCUUAUUCUUUUCGUUUCCUCCUCGUCCUCGGUACCAACGACGCUCGUCGUCGGGACGACCGUCUCGCGUCGUACGAGUAAACAUUUUCCCAGACGAGGAAAACACGUCCUUUCGGCCGAUCCGUCACUUUUCUUACAUAACCUCUAUCUUCCCUAAUCUUCCCCCUAGGAGCCAAAAUUGGCGCGGAGCGGGACUAACGUGCGCGUUCCCAUUUAGCGCGUAGUUACCUCGCAUAGCCAAUCAGCCCUCCAAAGAAGAGAUACUAGUUAUACUAUUUAUAAAGCUGUACGUAUCGAAUUAGGUAUCACGUAAAUAAAUUUAAACACUAGCUACGUAAGUGUAAGCGUAACAUGUAAGAUAGUCAUUAGGUGACACGUGCACUAAAGCGUAGCACGCGAAGGAUAACCGAUCUAGCGUUAUAUUAGAAUUUGUUUUUAUUGCGAGUACGAUGGUGACCGAACAUUGCCGAACACUGCCGAACGUCCUGUGCUCGGUAUUUUCGGCAGAAGGCGACCCCUCCUCGCUAAAGAGGGACGGAGGGGAGGGUUCGGUUCCAGGACCGACCGUUCCAAUCCUUACGAGAGCAGCGCCCGGUGCUCGAGUGUAAAGAGAAUUUUGCCAGUCCUGUAUACUUGGCUGAGAAUGUUCUUUUCUUCGUUUUUUUUUUUUUAUAUUUCUUCCAGCAUCCCCUCGGAAAUCGGGCCAAUUCGGGCACGUUGCGUCUCUUUUUAUUAUCGUUAUUAUGAAAACGAUAGAACGACACCGGAGUCGACUCUGGAGAGGUUUCUGAACGUAUCCCGGUCAUCUGUAGCGACUUAGGAGGGGAUCCAUGGGGGUGAUGGAAAAAAAGAGGAAGAAAAAGGCGCACACGCAAAUAAACGAAUAGUAAUAAUAUAUUGUUAUUCUAACCGAAGGUUGCCUUAAGCGCGCUUGAGAAGCGUCACGAAGUGUCUUAAGAUUCGGGGCCUUGUUAAGAGAACGUAAUUAUUUGCUCUUAUUACCCCUGUAAUUAGAUACAUCUUACGGCGAGCCAAUCUCUAUUUCACGAAUGAAGUGUCCGGUCGCUGAGGCCACGGCAUAAUAAUUCGAGGAUUAUCAAGUUUGGGCACAACUUUUGUGCCCGAAUCGGUAACUCAUGUUAUUCAUGAUAAUUGAUGUCCAGUUAAUGUUUAGGUUAUCUUACGUAAUACUGGCACGCGCGACCGGAACUUCACAAGGAAUUCGUCCACUUUUCUAAUUGUGCGGCGCCUUAGAAGCGCGGUGGCUCGGUCGUCGGUUAGAAACUAGUCAGUGAAAGGUCGCGGUGUACAGAGUAGAGUAAAAGAGGAAGGAAAGAGAGAGUGGCGUGAGCAAAUGUGUGUGUGAGAGAGAGAGAGAGAGAGAGAGAGAGAGAGAGAGAGAGAGGGGGGGAGAGCGUAGAAUGACGAGGGGUCGAAGCUAACGGAAUGAGGCUGUCUAGUCCUACAACCCUUAGAGACCUUAGAAGAAGACGUUACUCGAUUCGUUAGUGAUAUAUAAGUAGCGAUAAAUGAUAGAAAAAUGAAAAUUCAAAAAAUUAGUACGAUCACUUGUUGUAUAAAUGGUAGAAAGAUACAAAAAAAAAAAGAGGAGCUGAAGAAAAACGAGAAAGCUUAGUAUUUAAGCACUAUCACAUAACCCAAGACUUAGGAUAAUAGGCAGAUAAAUUAACAUUAUUAUAUCAUUAUCGUCAUUAUACUAUUAUUAUACUAUUAUUAUUAUUAUUAUUAUUAUUAUUAUUAUUAUUAUAUUAUGCCAUUAUUUUAUUUUAUUAUUAUUGCUAUUAUAUUAUUAUUAUUAUUAUUAUUAUUGAUCUAUUAAUUAUUAUUAAUUUUUAAUUAUUAUGUACUUACCACGAGGAGACGGACAACAGAUGUUGAAAAUGCUCAUGGUACUGCGGCUGGUACUUUGCGCACAAUAAACAAAGGACUCGCGUAUCUUGAGUUUUCUCAAGAAAAAGCAAAAAAAAAAAACGAAAGAAAAAGAAAAGGGAUAAUCGAUACUUCGGUUUCCCGAUUGUUUCGCUUAUUUCGUUUUUCCUUUUCUUUUGGGACGUCCUAUACUCUUAGGAUUAAUGAAUUGUAAUAUAUUACCUGUUAUCUUCUACAAUUAUACUCUGAUAUAUAUUAGGUUACGAAAAGAAACAACAAAUAUAUUGUCUUUAAGAGAA